AUGGAGACUGUCUCAUGUCUCGAAGCUGCAGGACGCAUCAACUACCCAAUCGCCUUGCAGGAAAAAAAGUCCGGGAAGAGGCAGCGGAAAUGGCACACUCAUGGUGGAGAAGUUCCAUCACAGAACGUUGGAGGCAUUGAGUUUGUUGUACACCCAUCUGUUGUCCAUUUUGUCGAUUCGCAUGAGUUCCUACCUCGCCAGGCCAUCCUUCGGCCCUCGCUCUGCAUCAGAAAACCAUCACUAUCAGUAACUGCUAUUCUCCAACAUCAGCAGCUGGCGACUCUGAGUUAG